AUGGGUGCAAUAAGUAGAUACCUUCUGAAGAAAGCAGCAGAUGGGCUUAAAGAUGAGCAGAGAUUGAAGAUUGAAAUGUCCGAUAGCAAGACCCUUCCGGAGUGCUUUCAUUUUAAUAGGGAAAGAAGAAUGCCCAUAGCCGAGAUAAACGGCGAGGAUGGGUUUUUCAUGUUUCCAUCUCAGCAAUCGCUUGAAAAUUUCGAAAACACUAAAAAGAAUUCGAAUGAGCUGAGUCGAGAUGCAAUUGGUAUUCCACUAUUCCAAAUAAUUAAUUCCACCUUACCAUUUGGUAAAAGAGGUAGUCACAAUAAGACGGUCAACAAUGUACUGUCAUAUAAAAUUUUCAAAUUUAUUUUAAGGACGGCAGAGGAACCUCCCCCCUAUGCUGUAGCAAAAAUCGUUUCCUCGAACAACGGAUUAGUAUUGUACAAAGUGCCCCUUUAUGACAUAUAUAAAAAUGUUAGCCAAAUAAACAUAACUUACAACUUUUUAGGGGCCAUGUCUACGGAGCCCAACUCACUAGCAAUGGCUCAUCGAGAAGGAUACAGGGAUUUAGACACUAAAGUAAAUAAUUUAAAUCUUCGGUGGCAUGUCACUUAUUCGCCUGUUGUCAUCAACGAUCAUUAUAAACUAACUUUGUUAGAAGAUUAUGAAGUUAACCGUUUCGAUGAAGAUGCCAUCAGGACUGCCAAAAAAAGGAUACCCACUGACCAAAAAGAUCAAAAAGGUCAGAGGUUCGUAGCUGCUCACUAUACUAGAGAGUUCUCAACAUCUCUUUUCAGGUGGGUUUCUCAGGAAGGCCACUUAAUUCUUGGCGAGUAUUGCACGGAUCAAGGAUCAUUUGGAUUGCAUAAUAUUCCACCAUUGACGGAAGAUCUCGGGUGUCAAAGCCUACUCAUUCAUUACAUAGAGUACAUGAAGAGACAACCUAAAAGAGUUGUGAGAGAAACAAGAAAACAAAAUAGAAGGAACCUUGCAAACACAACCAACAUGAGAGGGAACCUAAUGUAG